CGAGAGAUGAAAGACCGAUACCGUAAUAGGAAAAUACUAAGACACGAACACUUUGAGAAACACUACAAUGGACCGGAGGAUUGGGAUAAGGUUCUAAACAACCUAACCAAUGAUGUUAACAAGGAGGAGUGGAAGCAGAUCUGUCAGUUAUUUACAAGUCCACAAUUUAUUGCGCGCUCCGUAAAGAAUAAGGAAAAUCGGAAGAAACAAAAGUAUUCUACAACGCAGGGUACAAAAUCGCUGGCAGCCGUCCGUUUUGAAAAAACGAACCCGGACCUCAUUGAGUCAUGGAAGGAUUAUCAUUGGAAGAAAGCAACAAAUGAUUUCGUGAACGAUGAUGCUCGCCAAGAUUAUGAAAAACUGAAGGCUGAUUUUGAGUUACAAACUUAGCAAACAUCCACUGAUGCUUCUAAUAAUGAUAGUCCGUCAUCAGUU